AUGAAUAAACGAGAUUUCCAUUUAAGAAAGGCUAGUAAAACUCAUGCAGAAGUUGAUUGGAGUGCUUAUCGGCAGGCACGUAACUACGUUUCCAAUAAGAUUAAAAGUCAGAAACGGCGUUUUCAUCGUAAAGAAUUUGACAACAACCUUGGUAAUCCAACUGCCUUUUGGAAGACAAUAAAGCGGGUUUUCCCCAAUAAGAAAGGGAAUUCAACUGUUCCAGACUGUAUGAAGACGAGCGAGGGCCUGGUAACUGAUAAACGGACUAUUGGUGAAAAUUUUAACAGUUUUUUCACAACAGCUGCGUCACGAUUAAUGGAGAGCGUUCAGCCAAUGGAUAACAUCUUGGGCUCUGAUGAUGAUUUUACUGAUGGUAGAUUUGUUUUUCAUCCUGUCUCGUACUCUUUUAUUUAUAGGCAGCCAACGAAGUUAAAAGUAAACAAGGCAACGGGACUAGAUCAGAUACCAUCUUGCAUGCUCAAGGACGGUGUUUCUAUUAUUGCUAAUUCCGUUACAUAUCUUGUAAAUCUUUCCUUGAGUGUCGGGUCUAUGCCGGAUGAAUGGAAACAAGCUAAAGUUAUCCCCUUAUAUAAAUCUGGGUGUCGUGAAGAUAUGGAUAAUUAUAGGCCGAUUUCCAUCUUGCCUGUAAUUUCUAAAAUAGCUGAAACGGCCGUUAACGUGCAACUACAACAAUAUCUAACGCAGCAUAAUCUUCUCAGUUCUGUUCAAUCUGGAUUCAGGAAGUAUCACUCAACUCAGACGGCCGUUACGUUUUUCUCUGAUAGCAUAAGGAGAAACACUGAAGCAGGGCAAAUGACUGGAGCCUUGUUUAUUGAUCUAAGAAAGGCGUUUGAUACUGUCCCACACCGUGCACUCAUCUCGAAGCUUAGUAGGUUUGGCAUAAAAGAAAAGUCACUGGAAUGGUUUAAGAGCUACUUGUCACGUAGAACUCAAGAAUUUUCUGUUUUCUAA